GUCCACAGUUUACUGACAUCUCGGCGUUUCUCAAGUUUCACUCCGGCGCGUGCUCCGCUCUGUCUCCUUUGUGUUGUCAGGCAGAAAGACACACCAGUCAGGGUGGCGUGUGUCCUGAUUCACAGGCACCCCCAUCAACUACAGGGAAUAAAACAAUAGUUUAUCGUAUUAUCGUCUGGUUAAAAAGGUGCCAUUCGUAUUUUUUCACCGUUUUGCAACUAUGUCGGUGGGAGUGGAGUCUGGAUUUUCGAGUGAGGAGGUCUUAAACAGCCGCUUUCCUCUCCAUCGGGCGUGCAGGGAUGGAGAUGUCGGUGCCUUGUGUUCCAUUCUUCAGUGCACAUCAAACCCGGCUGACCUCACCGUGGAGGACACCUUCUACGGCUGGACGCCCAUACACUGGGCCGCUCAUUUCGGAAAGUUGGAGUGUGUGAUGCGUCUGGUUCAGGUGGGCUGUGGUGUGAAUGCGGUGACCUCCAGGUUUGCACAGACGCCCACUCAUAUUGCUGCUUUUGGGGGCCACCCUGAGUGCUUGUUAUGGCUACUCCAAGCUGGUGCAGAAAUUAACAGACAGGACUAUGUGGGCGAGACGCCCAUCCACAAGGCUGCUCGUGCGGGCAGCCUGGAGUGUAUCAACGCUCUCUUGAUUCAGGGAGCGAAAGCUGAUAUGAGGAAUGCCAGUGGGCUGACUGCUGCUGACCUGGCCCACGCCCAGGGAUUCCAGGAGUGCGCUGAGAUUCUCUCCAAUGCCCAGAACUUCCAACAAAACAUGGCUCAGUCCCAUAACGGGGCCUUUCUGAAUGGCAUGACCCAAAAUGGGGGCCACGGUCACGCCAACAUCCAGGGACGCAGCUUCUUGAAUGGCGUGCCCAACAGAAAGAGGUCGUUCGAUGGCAUGGGAGCCAACCCAGUAAAGAAGGCUCGACCCAAUGGUCUGGGCAUGCCACCAGAAUUCCUGAAUGGGAAUGGGCCACUGGGUGGUGCUGGAGAGGCCCAGAUGGAAGGCAUGAGCGUGGAGUUGGCAGCAACUGUAACCUCAGUGGCAGAUGAAAGACCUUGUGAGGAGUUUUCCUCAAAUGGUCACAAUCAACCACAGCUUCCAUUUGGGUGUGAACCAGCUGCAGAAAUCCUCCAUGGGCAGCUCAUCUACAGUGACUCUUCAGACAACACCAGCAAUGCAGGCAGCCAAAUGGAGCACCAGAAAUCUGUGAAAGCAGAGCAGCUGUAUGAUCACGCCUUCUUCAGCACCAUGCUUCUUUACCAUGGAUCAUAAAGUGCUGUCGAUGUUGUUGAGGGGUCUUUCUCUUUGUUGAAAUCUCAUGUAUGGCUUAUUGAGAAUUUAUUUGCCUUAAAGCGUUGAAUGGUCCAGUUAUUCAUUCAUCCCCUGAAAUUUUCAUUUUUUUGUUGCCACUAUCAGAUUUGUAAGUUGACUAAGAGGGGGAUCUUUGAGGAAAAUGUCAAGCUUGUUGAAGUGUUGUCAGGCUGUAAAUAGCUUUGUUCUGAUCUGUUCUGAAACACACUAAAGUUAUCUGUGUUGAACUACCGAUUCUAAUUUUUGCUUGUCUCUACUAGACAUUGGCAAUCCAUUACUAUUGAUGUUACUACAAAAAGCAAUGCAAGCACAUACCAUGCUACUCAUUAAUAAUAAAAACGGUUUUGCAAAAGUUGA